UUUAACUAUUGUUUUAACAUAAGCCUUGAAAGCUUCCUAACUUGUAUUUAUCCUUUAAACAGCAGCUGAGGGAAGGACAAUCAAACCAGAUGUUUUCUCAGUUGUUCUUAUCCUGUAUUUAAGCCUUAUUACUCCCUACAUCGCACAGGGCUGUCCCUUUUGCUAACCAUGCUGAGUAUAUCAGCGGUCUUCCUGUGAUUAACACAGUGAUGCAAUGAGAGUUAUUAAAAGCUAGUUAGUAAAGCAGAGCAGGCAAGCUGUUCUAAACUUAGUGUAACCUGAAGCAAGCAAUGAAGUAUCCUCUGGUUCCUUUGGUGAAUGAGCUGACCUUUCCUCUUCUUUUCUUCUGGUUUUGUUUGCCAUUUGUAAUGCUGUUGAUCAUAAUGAUUAUCUGGCUACAGCUUCUACUUAAUGAAGCACAGAUGCCCAGUGUAGAAGAAAUAAAGAAACCAUCUUCUGAUGAGCCUGAUUCUGACUCUAAAUUUGAGGAUGAACCAACAGAGGAAGAAACCCAGAAUGACACAUCCAGUACAGAAAUGCAAGAGGAGAUGCAAUCCAGUGGACCUGUGGAAAAACUGAGGCCUAAGCCUGCUUAUCUGAGUUCAAAUGCAAAAAGCCAAAAGCAAAGUCUUUUUGCUGUAAUCUCAGACAGCUGGUCUCAGAGCCAGAAGAUAAGAUAUUCUCAGGUUGAGAAGAACGAUUUCUGUAGCAUCAUGAUGAAGGGGCUCAGAAGGGAAAGCUGGUCUGUGCCUCCACUGUCACUAUUCACAGUCCUGUCUACUCAUUUACAUUGCUGGGAUUUUUGAAUUGCAGCAGCUGAGGUACUCACAUUUACUUCCACCAGGUUUGCUGGAGCAGUAACCUUUGUUAGGCUAGAAUAGCUAAGGACUGGUAUCAUUUUAAAUUGCUGCAGUUGUUUGACUAGCACACCCUGAAGCUGGAAUAGCUCAAGUCAAAGUAUUUUUGACAUCGUUAACACCACCAAGGCAGUACCAAGUCAGUGUAGUAAUAUUUUUUUUUCUUCAUUGUUGUUGUUCAAAGGCUAGAGAAACAAUGCUAAGAAUGAGCUUGGACUUGCCUAGGCUACCAUUUGGUUCUCCUAGAGCUCUUCACAUGUACAAGUAUUGAUUUGAACACAGCAGUUUGAAGAACUGGGGUUUAAACUUGUCUCUUGUGGGACAUAAUGCUCAUACUGAAAGGCUUGCUAGUUGUGUUGGGUGGAUGAGGGAAGGGAACAACCAUUCAUGGUCUCAAAUCAUUUAUAUCCUACUGAAAAUUGAACUUCUGAAAGCAACAUUGCCAUGACAGUUCUGUUCCUCCUUUUCUUCACCAGCUGUUAUGCACCAUGCUUUCUUCUCUCACCUGGAACUUUGGCUGCCAGUUGCUCCAGAUCUCUAAUGUCCUGAGGAUUCAACUGCUGCCCUCCUCUCUGAUUAUCUACAUGGCUCAGCUGUUUGUUUUGCUGGGUGAAAAAGUUGUGAAAAUCCUGGGCUCCCUGAGGCUAGAGUUGGCUUCAGUCUUGGGGAGGAAACUGGAACAGAGUGACGAAGCUCAGAGAACCACCUCGGGGUGGAAAUAAAGCCGGUAGUCCCACGACUGUUAGCAGCAAUCUUGCUCAGCAUCAGUGAGAGCUACUGCAGCAUGGCAGAGGGAGGUUAAUUCUCUGAAAAGGAAACUUACUGGAGACUAAGUGGACAGGCACUUGGGUCACAACAGCUGCUUUCAGAGUGAA